AUGGACUGGACCUCAGUGAAGAGCUUGCAGCUGCACAAUGUUAAAAACGUUGUGUAUCUUUCGAUGCACAGCGAGAAAGCCGCCUCUGACAUCGCAUCGAAGUUCCAUCUCAAACAUUGUAUGGAGUGUGAUGGAAAAAGGAUCGAUAUUCCGCUGCCGGUCUAUGUCGAUAGCACCGCAGUGGAUAAUCCUCUGCCAUAUUAUUUCUACGGUUCGGCAACCUUCGAAAACGUGUCAUAUCCAUGCAAGCAGCACACCAUUGCUUGGCACAAGCUCGGCAACGAAGAUUGUCUGUAUUUGAACAUUUAUACCACGCACGUUAGAGUAAGCAAAAGGCCACGACCUUUGAUGCCAGUAUUAGUGUGGAUUCAUGGCGGGAGCUUCACUGAAGGUUCGUCAGAAACGGACAUCUUUGGUAGCGAGUUCAUAUUGGACGAGGAAAUCAUAGUCAUCACAUUCAACUAUCGUUUAUCAUCGUUGGGAUUCUUUGGAAUAAAGGAUUUACAUAUAGCUGCUAAUUUGGGGCUCAAAGAUCAAACCGAAGUGUUGCGAUGGGUUCAGCGGAACAUCAGAAGAUUUGGUGGAAAUCCCAACAGAGUUACCUUGAUGGGGUGGAGUUCAGGAUCUGCGUCUGCAACCUACCACAUGUACGCUCGCUCCUCAAAAGGAUUGUUUCAUCGGGUAAUUGCUAUGAGCGGAACAAUGACACAACCAUGGGCAUACAAUUUCAUAACUCAAUGGUGUAGUAACGAAUUUUUAAAACAAAUGGACGUAACUAGCAAAACACAACUUAAAGUCAAACCAGCAGCAAUCCUAGUAUCUAAUGAUGGGCCAAAAUUCCACUAUUUAACGUUCUCUCAUUCAUGUUACAUGCCCAGUGCGGAUAAGGAUUACGCGCGAAAGCAUCCAUACGAUACCGUUCGUACGAUGAGGCCGCUCACCGAUGUGCCGCUUAUGAUUGGAAGCACGGCAGUAGAGCACGAGAAUUUAUACGACACCAGAAACUUCAGCAUGGAUCAAUUCAAUUAUCCAAAUAACAACGUCACCAUCUACGAGCGCAUCAGAGAUUAUCUCGAGCAACUUCGCGGGAACCGUUCUUCUAGGGUUUUCUAUCGAAAGCUGGGCUCAUAUGCUGACUACCAGUUCGGCGUACAAUAUUUCAUCGAGAAGGCAUCCCAGCAGUUUAAGUCACCGAUUUAUCGUUACCGAUUCUCGUUUGACGGACCAUUUGGCUACGCCAAGAACGUAUACUACAAAAAUGAGAUUCAUCCAAUGCGUGGUGCCAUGCACGGUGACGAUCUAGGAUAUCUCUUCACACCAUACAACUACCGGAAUAUUGUAGCAGCGGACAAAGUCAACGAGCCACUCGUCAAGCAAUCGCUAAAGGUCCUCCGUCGAAUGGUGCGCCUAUGGACAAACUUUGUCAAAUACGGAAACCCAACACCAGCUGGUAGUAGAACAACGUGGCCAAAAUAUAACGAUCAAAAUCAAUCAAGUCAGUAUCUUAACAUCGGACAACAGCUUAAAGUGCGAAGGGAGGAUGUAUCCAAUAAAUAUCAUUACCAAAUGUGGAAAACUGUAUUCAACUGCUUGUAUUAUUUUGAAUGUGAUUUUUUGAAUGAAAUGAAUGUUGAUGAAUAGA